GUAAAAUGAGACGAGUAAUUGUCGACGUUGAUGUUGGUACGGAUGACGCUUGGGCGAUAUUGCUUUUAUUAAAAUGUGAGAAGAGAUAUAACUACAAAGUAGAGGCUAUAACUUGUACCCAUGGCAAUACGGAUGUCGAGCAUGGAGCGCGAAAUGUUCUUCGAGUACUAACAGCGAUCAAUCGUUUAGAUAUCCCUGUAUACAAAGGGGCUACGGAACCAAUCGUUACACCAACACCGGUUCGAGAGAAACCUUUCCACGGAGUCGACGGGUUUGCAGAUUUAGUUUUGAAAGAUGAAAUUGAUAAAAGUUUGAUUCAACGAGACCACGCUGUAAAUGAAUUGCGUCGUAGAAUCCUGGAAAACCCGGGUGGAAUGUCGUUGAUUUUUAUAGGACCACUAACAAAUUUGGCUCUUUGUGUAAAACUAUAUCCCGAGACGCGAGGUCAAAUACGCGAUUUGUACGUUAUGGGUGGCAACCGCUACGGGAUGGGCAAUGUAACCAAGUCGGCCGAAUUCAACUUUUGGGCAGAUCCUGAAGCGGCUCACAUUGUGUUCAACAAUCUCCCAUGUCCUAUAACGUUACUUCCUUGGGAGACAUGUUUGUCAGAGCAGAAGACUAUUCCGAUGGAGUGGAGAAUGAAAAUCGUUGGUGAUACAAGUAACCGAGCAGUACAGUUACUAAAUCAGGCAGAGGGUAAGAUCUUUGCGGGGCGACCCUUCUGGAGACCGUGUGAUGCAUUUCUAGCGGCCGUCUUUAUUGAUCCAGAUAUAGUAGUAAAAGCGGAAAAUUUUCAUGUCGAUAUAGAACUGACCGGCAGUUUGACGAGAGGCCAAAUGGUAUUAGAUCAUUUAAAAUCUAAGGUGGAGAAUGUAAAGCUGGUGGAUAAAAUAAAAAAUGAGCAGUUCAAAUUACUGAUGCUGUAUGCAGCAGAUCACGACGUAGAGCAUCAACUUUAGCGUUUAAAAAAUUAGUUAUUCAGACCAAUAAAUUCUUGUAACGUUAAAAGUAACGUGGGCGUUACUUAGAUGUAAAAAAUUACAAAUCGUUAUUCUUGAAUGGGAU